CGCACGUCUGUCCGCUAACCGUAACUGCGGACAUCGCGUCGCGUGUGUAGUGUCUAGUGUUGUGGAUUAUCAUCUCUGGAUCCUAUUGACUUGUGGAUACUGAAAAGGAUGGUCGCAGGAGAAACGAUGUACAGAUGACUCGAUGUUUCAACGAACGAUUAACCAUUCCUACAAAUGGUCCCUUCUAUGGUACCGCUGAUAGUACGGGUGUACGUAGAGGACGCCGUGGCUGAGGUGCCUGUCACACCAGAUACAACAUGUCGUGACGUCAUCGAGUGUGUACGCGACCCUGGUGACGAGCAGUGCAACCUGGUCGAAACCUGGGGACAGGGAUGUGAGCGAGUCCUGCAGGAUGACGACCGGCCACUGGAGGUCCUACAGGAAUGGGGGACUCACCAGGACCAAGUACGGCUCAUCCUGCGUUACACUGUGCUCAACAACAACUCAGGUGGUGGCUCCGAAACGAGAAAUGGAAUGAAGGAGCCAGGACUGAUCGGUGAUUCGCUGCGGGACGGGGUGGAGUUGACGCUGAGCGAGCUGGAGGAGAUGGCUUGCAGGCAACAGCAGCAGAUAGACUCGCAGAGACAGUUGCUGGCGGCCAAGGAGCAGCGGCUGAGGUUCCUGAAGCAGCAUGAGGCGAGACAUCAGCAGGUGGCGGCGGAGCACGAGCGGCUCAGAAGACUACGAGACCGCGUGGAGGCGCAGGAGCUCAAGUUGAGGAAGUUGAGAGCGCUCCGGGGACAAGUCGACCAGAACAAGCUGAACAACGCCUCGCUGACGUCAGACCUGGACAGUAUCCGUGCCUUGUUCAAUGAGAAGGAGAAGGAGUUGUCAGUGGCCGUGGCCAAGGUGGAGGAGUUGACGAGACAACUGGAGGAGUUGCGGAGGGGGAGGAGGGAGAACACUCCCCCCUCUACAGCGCAGGAACUCGAAAAACUCCGGAGAGAACUCAUGUACCGGAACAAACUGAACGAUCAGCAGAACGCAAGGUUAACUCAACAGAAAGAAGCUUUAUCACAGAGGCAGGAGGAGAUGGAGUCGAUAGACAAGAGAAUCUCGGAACUUCAGGAUCGGCUUCACCGCAAGCGACUUCUCAACCAGCAACUGGCCAAUCAGAUCACAGCAGCGAGCAACAAGGCCAAUACCACACAUCAGCAACGACUGAGAAGUACGUUGUCAACAUCUGCCAUUCAACAUCACCAGCAGCAGCAGUAUCAGCAGCAACCAGGCAACAAGCAGUUGCUGAGGCCACUGACUGCUGGCAACAUAGCAGCCAUCGAGCCGUACCACCACGUCCCCUCUGACACCCAGGAGCACGUGAGACAACCGCUACGUCCAGAAAAACCGGAGCGGAGAAGUCACCACUUGGAGGUGGUAAACGAUCAAAUAUACAACCACGAGAGGUUAACAGGGUCGCAGGACGAUUUCAACAUGAAGUCAUCGCACAAGAACCAAAACUCACCGGUGGACGACAACUACAAAGUGAAAGAAGAGGAAAACCUUCCGGAGUUCGGUGCGAGUAAAACGGACCCUAAAUAUCAAACGUUGCCUUACAAUACAAAGUUUACGGUAAACUAUGUUACGCAUCCCCUGACCGGUGUGAAACUAAGGAGACUUCAGGGGGAGGGAGGGGAGAGGGAGACCGUUUGUGAUUCGGAGUUGGUGAAGAACAACAACAACAGUAACCAUGUGAACAACAACAUGAUGAGUGUAGUGCAUAGUAUUCCCAUACCACCUGGAGUCAACAAGGGUCUAGCGACGCCGUUGGCCAACCAGAAACUCUCUCUGUCUCCUUCUAUGAUGUCUUCUUCUUCUUCUACUUCAUCCACCUCGUCGUUGUCUGUGUUGGGGAACCUGGGUCCAAGGGUGUACAACACAAGUAAUGUCGGGGCCUCUCUCCUAGCCAGAGGACAGCCUGUAGGAAACUCUUCCCCCACCUCCUCCGUAGCCACCAAUAGCAGCUCUAGUUCCACAUCCAGUCACCAGAAGCCCGUGAGCAGUGUAGGCCCAAAUACUGUACAGCUACCUUCACCUAUCUACCAAACCUCGUCCACCAAAAUACAUCCUGUACAGCCUCAGACACUAAGCUCCACACCACAGGGUAUUCUUCGGGACCAAAAAGAAGAGUUGCCUUUAUCUCAACCCAGUGAACCGCCAGAUUCCCCGCUGAAGCCAGCGUUGCCUCCAAAGCCUGCACUGCCUGUGAAGCCCACACCUCCGCCACCGCCCCGCCAGGCUCACUGGGCGGGGGAAGAGGAGGACAAGCGACCCCGACCUGUGGACACGUCCUCGGAGGCUGUGGACACUGCUCUCACUGUACUCAGAGGCGCUGCACUCACCUCCAGGGGGAACGACUACCCAUCUCAGAAGCCCCACCCAUACCAAACACAACCUCCUCAACCGGCCAGUGCUACUCUGGUAGUGUCCGAUCCCCUCCCUCCCCCACCACCUACCACUGAACCUCCUAUUGACGACCUUCCUAAGAGGCCACAAGACCAAAUAAUCAAGGCUCGACCCCUCACGAUACGAAAACAACCUCCCUCUGAAAUCCCGAGGUUAAGAAACGGAAGUUUGCCUGUGAAUCAAGGAUCCGAAGUCAAGAGUACAAAAGAAGAAGGCGAUGUGAGUGAAAACCUCUACUCUGUAGAGACUAGUGGGUACAGUUCCAACAGAAGGAUAGAGAUGCCACCAGCUUUCUUGUUCCCCGAGACGGAGGCGCCCCCGGCAGAUCUGGUCUCGAGCUCCUCGGAGUCAACGGACCAAGUGGAUCGUGUUGCUCCUCCGAGUCCAGAGGAUAUCCACAACGAGGACAGCCAUCACAGCGAUAAAAGCUCGGAGGGCAGCACGGAUGUCGAGACUAGGAACAGCCUCAAUAAGGAACAAACCGGGGAGGUCGUGAUGAGGAGAGCAAAGAAGGGUAACCUGAAGGGAGGUAAUGGAGGACACAAGCAAGUUACCAGGAGAGUGUCCUUCGAUCCUCUAGCCCUGCUGUUGGACGCUUCAUUGGAGGGGGAACUUGAGCUAGUAGUGCGGACUGCUGGACAGGUGCGAGACCCAAGUGCGGCGAAUGACGAAGGCAUCACAGCACUUCACAACGCCAUCUGUGCCGGUCACCUGGACAUUGUGAGGUUCCUGGUGCAGUUCGGCUGUGAUGUCAACGCUCAAGACAGCGACGGAUGGACACCUCUGCACUGCGCUGCUUCAUGCAACAACCUGGCAAUGGUUCGGUUCCUGGUGGAACACGGCGCUUGCAUCUUCGCCACAACCCUCAGCGACCAUGAAACUGCGGCCGAAAAGUGUGAAGAAGACGAAGAGGGCUUCGACGGCUGCUCUGAAUACCUUUACAGUGUCCAAGAGAAGUUGGGUAUUCUCAAUAAUGGAGCUGUAUACGCGGUGUUUGAUUACGAGGCUCACAACACGGACGAGCUGAGCUUCAAGGAGGGGGAGAGGAUGAUUGUACUGAGGAAGGGAGACGAGUGGGAGAGAGAGUGGUGGUGGGCUCGACUGAGCGACAGAGAAGGAUACAUACCUCGCAAUCUGUUGGGGCUCUAUCCAAGAGUACACGCCAACAAGAACGUGGAUUGAUGCUUUAUGAAGACGAACGUCAGAAUGUCUUAUCUUGCCAGACUUAUCGUUAGUCACGGAGACGGUCAACUUUUUCGCUAAUGAAAUCACCUUGAAUUUACAACUUUUAUCUUUUUCAUUUUUCCAAUCAAUACCGCAAGUGAUUUGUUGAGUUUUAAUGUUUAAAUGUGAUUACGUCUAGUUUGUGUUAGAGUUAGAAAUUUAUUUUCAUUUAUUGAACAAGCGAUGAAUCGUAACUUUCUGUUAUUGCCACUUGUACAAGUAAAAACUACUUGGAUGGAUUUUUUGCACUUGUAUUUGUGACUCUUUACACUGAAUUCAAGUUUUUGCAAAUUUUAGACACAUUAGGUGUAUCAGGUUCUAGUUGAUAUUUUCAGUCAACUGUAAACCACAUCGUUUUGGUCACAUAAAAAAUAAGUUGGAGACAUUGCAGUGGCCUUGAAAUAUUGAUUGUUUCACGUUUUCUGUAGUGUUUAAUUUUGUCCCUGGAGGCCUUAUUUUAUAUCAGAGGGCCGCUUUAGUACCUGUUGUCUCACUAUUUAUUUACACCUAAUAUUACAAAACACAUAUUUUACUAGAGCUUAUGAUGCCGAACGCAGGCAGCACUAACUAUAAAACGUUUCACGAUGGCUACGAAUGUGUAUAUAAAUAACUAUAUAACUCUGUAUUAUAUUUAAAUAAUGACUAGACCAAAUUUUAAAUAUUGUAUUUUAUAAAUGAUAAAGUUUGUAUAAUUUGUUAUAAUUUUGUAUAUUGUAAAAACCAAAAAUGAAAGUAUUGUAUAUCAAAUUACCUAAGAAACAAAUGUGCCUUUAAUUACACAUAUGAGAUAGAUAUUUGAAUGUAAUCCUUUAUAUUGUUAUAAUAUGUGUAAACUAUUUUAAAUAAGAGGAAACUAUUACGUUGUGAUCAAAAUCAAAGAUCUAGCAUCGCCAGAUAAAGGUUUAGGUCUGUAAAGAAUGAAAUAAAUAUAUUGUACAUUUUGUUGAUGCUUAUGCACAUA